AUGCGUUUCUUCCAGAUCGCUUCGAUUGUUGCCUACGCGGCCACUUCCCUCGCUGUCACCAUCACUUCCCCCCAGAAUGGGGACAAGGUUGACUUCAGCAAGCCUUACACCGUCAAAUGGACCACUGUCCCCUCGGACCCCGAGCAAGUCAACAUCGUUCUCAAGAACCAAACCUCCUCCGAGAAAGAGAUUGCCAAGAACGUUAAGACCUCAGACGGCAAAUACACCAUUGACAGCAUCUGGGACAUUGAGACAGGCACCGGAUACCAGUUCAAUUUCAUAUCCAACUCUACGAAGAACACCGGCAUCCUGGCCCAGUCGCAGAUCUUCAAUGUGACGGCUGUCGCAGACCCCCCCAAGCCAUGUAAGCAAUAUUUCAGUACUAAAAUCACCAAAACAUCAUCAUCCACAACACCAUCAUGCACCUGCACCAGCAUUAGCACCACAAUCAAAACAAGAACUACUUCCCGUCCCUGCAUCAUCCACAGCACCCUCAGCACCUCUAAAUCUUCACCAUCAUCAUCCCGUGCGCCAUGCUCUCCGUCAUCUAGCACCGCCCUCCCCUCCGCCUCCGUGAACAAGGUCCUAUCGUUACCCGGAUUGGACAUGUCAUUUGAAUGUGAUGUUCAUGGCAGAUGCAAUGAGGCCAUUGACAUCUCCAUUGACAAUCGAAACCUAGCCUGGGAAAAUGCUUAUACGAGGAGCUCAGCGCUACCGAGCCAUGAGACGAAGACGCUUAGUUUACGGAUGAUCUCGGAGCGGGACGCAGAGCAGGGCAAGGGAAUUUCUGCGAUAGUGCACCGAUGUACUUCUGUAGCGAGGGCUCCUGCAGUUGGAAUGGCAUUGAAAAGAAGCUACGGCGUAGGGAAAAAACUCUUGAUGAUAUGA